CUGCCUGCCUCUCUCCUGCUGUGGUAGCAGGAUAGUGUCCUGACUGUCUGGCAGGAACAAACCCAGUAAAUGGCCACCCUUAUCAUGUUGUUGUUAUUGGGAGGGAAGAGGGAUUACUCCUUCUCCCCCAUUUAUCCCUCCCGUCAGCAAUGGCAUCCUGUCAUGGCUUUUCAGCUCCAUGGCUGCUGCAACAAUGACAACAAGCCAAUCUAGAUAGGCACAUCCCCAGGGAAAGUGGGAUGGCUGUGUAAACAGUGUAGCCGAUUCCAAUUCAGAAUCAAGGGUAUGAGACAAUAGGGGAACAGAUGAUAUCAGAAGGAACACAUUGAAUGUAGGUCAACAGGAAUCAGCGUUAGUACAGAAGACUAGGCAAACUACCCUCUGAUAGCUUCAAAUAUAAUCAAGGUGAAAUGUGGUUCUGUCACAAAAACCAGCAGAAGCAAAAGGAUACUGACUGCCUAAACACCAUGAAAUGCCAAAUAUCUAAGAUGCAGGAUCAUUCUUUGCUUGCAUAUGUGAUACCUCUGGCUAGAUGCUAAUAGAAAAAUCACACAUUAAAUAAAUGAAUAUACAUCUUUUCCACUUUAAGACUAAUUUUGCCCACUUACUGUUCCUCUUUCCUACACACUCAUUCUCCAUCUUUUUGCAAUGCAUUCUGAAACACCUGCAGAAUCUCUGAGAUUAUACUGUAAGAUUACUAUUUCUGCUGCUCUCACAUGGAAACCAUGAACAUUUUUUAUUUAACUGGGAAAACAGUUGUAUUUAGUUAGUGGACAAGAAUUUAUAACUUGGCCAAAGCCACUGAGUGAGAUCUGGCACUCUGCUUUUAUGCAGAUGGUCUGUGUGUUUCUGGGGGAAAAAUUGAACCUAUCCCCAAAACUAAUAGAUUUAUAAGCACUGAUUGUACAUCAUUCUAGAAAAAACGAUUCUGUAAUUUAAGGCAAAGCCAGACUAUCACUGUAUUUCUUAUGCCUUAAUUCAAGGGUUCUUAACCUGUGGUUCCCAAGGUGUUUUGGCCUACAACUCCCAGAAAUCCCAGCCAGUUUACCAGCUGUUAGUAUUUCUAGGAGUUGAAGGCUAAAACAUCUGUGGACCCACAUGUUGAGAACCAUUGCCUUAAUUCAAAGUAGAUAUAAUUGAUACCAGUAAGGAUGAAUUAUUAUGAAUCUGCCUCUAGUAGGCAGUGUGGUCAAGAUAACACAAGCCUGCAAAAUUGAGGGUCAUAGACAGACACUUUAAAAGAAUUGUGCUGGUUUUAUAGGAAUUUGGUAUUCUAAAUCCAAAAAUGACCUCAGGUUUGCUCCACCAUGGACAUUUUUUCCACACAAUUUGCUUUCGUGUUUUUUUUGGGUUUUUUUUUGGGGGGGGGAGUAAAGAGUAAAUAGCAAGAAAGGGGUUAAAGACUUCUAAAAAACUUUCAAAACACUUUAAUUUGGUGACAAGCAACACAAAAAAUCUGUUCAAAAGCACUGGAACAUUAGAAUCCUUACUAGAAUUCUGAGUUAAUAACUCAAUUGAUAGAAAUACUGAAUUUGUAAAAGAACUAUGUGACAGCCAAUUAUAUUAUUGUAUUUUUUUAAAAAAAUAAACACCCCAAAACACUUUAAAAACAGCUACAAUAUUGGGGAGUUGUGGACAGGGGUCAGGGAAAUAAUCCCAGGCUUAUGAAUAUUACCAAAACUUCCUUGCAUUAUCAGUAAUUUUUGUAGGUAAUAUUUAAGGUGCAGGGUGCAUCGUCAUUGGCCAGAAACAACAAUGCUGAUCCAGAAUGGGGUACUCGGAUCGGUUUCACUAGAGGCUACACUGCAAACAUCCAAGGUAGCUUGGAAGCUGGAUGGUGGCCACACUUUGCAGCCCUGAAUCGACCCAGCAGUUGAAUGGCAGCUGCAUGGCCAAGUGAUGCCAGAACUGUUUUGGCACUGAUUGACAGCAAACCUUGAGUUGCUCUGUUGAUCUGCAUUUGCGGUGACCACUGGUCAUAAAAAUGGCAUUGGAUACUGCUCAGUGUCUGGAGUGAUGCUACUCAGAGCAGCAAGUGUCAUGAGAGAAGGGAGCGGGGAAAGGAGAAAUCACAUUGUUAUUGCUCUUGUUAUUGCUUUGUUGGUCCAGAUAUCACUCUAGUCACCAAGUGGUGUCCGAAGUCAUUUUUUAUGCCCGGGGAAAGCUACAAAUGCCAGAUCAACAGGUUAGUGCUAUCCCCUAUCCCUGGGCUGCCUGAAAGCGAGGAAAGCAGAAAGGCGGUGUAGACAGCCACAGUUGCUUACAUGGGCCCAAUGUUUCACUUUAGUCUAGAUUUUUGGGAAAGCUCUGGUGGAUUCCACAACUUGUGUUAAUGUGGUUCAAGGCUCUAUGAAGCAGCCUUGGCCUGUGCGAACCUGAAUCAGCUCCAUGAGUUGUGCAACUGCUGUGGAACUGAUUUGCCCCUUUUCCAAUAAAACCAGCGAGAAUGCAUUCUUAGAUCCUGUUAGUGCAUAUUUCCUCCUGAAUGAUGUUAAUGCAAGAAUUGGAUGAGAUUUAGACCUGUGGCUAGGAAUUAUAGGAAAAGAUGGGGUUGGAAACAGCAACUCAAAUGGCAUUUUACUUCUUACCAAAUAUGAAAAACACAACCUUGUCAUCACUAACAUACUCUUCCACCAGAAAAAAACAAGUUUAAAACAUCAUGGAAGCACCCCAGGUCAAAGCAUUGACACCUCUUAGACUAUGUAAUUACACGUGCCAGAGACCACCGCCAUGUGCUUCUCACAAUCCAUGGCAAGCACUAAUGACUUGAUGACAACAGUCUGGGACAGCAAUGGCUCCCAAAGUAACCCAUUGAAGGUGGAAUCAGGUGUCAAAUAGGGAUGUGUUAUUGCCCCAACCUUAUUUUCCAUUUUCAUCACUAUGAUCUCCAUCUUGUUGAUGGGAAGCUUCCCACUGGUGUGGAAAUCACCUAUUGGACAGAUGGCAAACUAUUCACCUUCAGUAGGCUGAAAGCAAAAACCAAGGUUACAACAACAUCUGUUAUAGGACUCCAAUAUGCUGAUGAUAAUGUAGUCUGUGCUCACUCAGAAUAAGACCUACAAGCAACUUUAAAUACAUUUGCAGAAGCAUACAAAAAGCUUGGCCUCUCAUUGAAAGUUGAGAAAACUAAACUGCUCUGCCAGCAGGCACCACCUAAUCCCUCCACAAUGCCAGAAAUUCAGCUUAAUGGUAUUGCGUUAGAAAAUGACCCUUUCCACCACCUUGGCAGCCACCUUUCCAUAAAAGUCAACAUGGACACUGAAAUACAACUCCGUCAGAGCUCUGCAAGUGCAGCAUUUUUUGAAUGAAGCAGAGAGUGUUUGAGCAUCAGGACAUUCGUAGGGAUACCAAGAUGUUUGUUUAUAAAGAUAUUGUCCUCCUAACUCUGUUAUGUGCCAUGGACUGUCUACAGAAGUUACACUCAACUUCUGGAAUGAUUCCAUCAGCGUUGCCUCUGAAAAAUCCUUCAAAUCUCUUGGGAAGAGAGGUGGACCAAAUGUCAGCAUUCUGGAAGAAGCCAAGACCUCCAGCAUUGAAGGGAUGAUCUUUUGCCACCAACUUUGCUCAACUGACCAUGUUGUCCAAAUGCCCAAACACUGUCUCCCAAAAUAGUUACUUUACUCUCAACGCAAGAAUUGAAAAUGGAAUGUUGGUGGACAGGAAAAGAGAUUUAAAGAUGGACUUAAAGCUAAUCUUAAAAACUGUGGCAGAAACACCGAGAACUGGGAAGCCUUGACCCUCCAGCACUCUAACUGGAGAUCAGCUGUUACCAACAGUGCUGUGGAAUUCAAAAAGGCACGAAUGGAGGGCAAAAGGGAGAAAUGUGUCAAGAGGAAGGUGUGACAGGCCAAUCUUUGUUGGGACUGCCUUCCAUCAGGAAAUCAAUGUCCUAUCUAUGAAAGAUCAUGAAGAUCCAGAAUAUGCAUCUACAGUUACAUACAGACCCAUCGCCAAGACCCUACACUUGGAAGGCAAUCAUAUUUGGCCACGUGGGAUCACUAAUGCUGCUGAUGUGGUAUGCCCUCUCUACAGGAUUUUAGGAGUUUAACCAAAUGAAAGUCAUAGGUGAACAGUUUUCCUGAAGAAUGUGUCCUAGGCCUCAUUGGCUAUGUUGACAGAAGAAUAACAUCACCAAGCAAACACAGGUAGGCUGCAGUUGCUGAUAUCUUCUCAGCAUUAGGCUGCCUGCAGCCUAGGUCUGAUUUACUUCAUCUGCAACAAUGGCAAACAAGGUUCCAGGAUUGCUAUGCCACCUAGCUCUUUGCCUGUGUUUCUUUGUUCAUGGAGAUAUUGCCGUAACAAUUUCAACAAAGGAUGAGGUGUACGCAAAAAUUGCCAACAAGCAUAUGAUUGCAAACAGGGAUGGCGCCACCCUGCUCAAUGUCCAAAAGCCUGUGAUUUAUGAAGAGUACCUGGCAAGAGACUGCAGGGCUGCUUUCCUCCAUGGUAGGAGGCAGAAUGGUCUCUAUGUUAUCCGUCCCCGAUUCUCUCCUUUACUGGUGGUCUACUGCGACAUGGAGUAUGAUGGUGGUGGCUGGACAGUUCUGCACAAAAAUGCUCUCAAAGAAAAGACCACUUGGUCACACAACUGGAAUGAUUAUAGGAUUGGUUUUGGGGAUCCUUUAGGAAACCACUGGCUUGGAAAUGAAUAUAUCUACCUCUUAACUAGAGGUGAUGCAUUCACCGUGCGAUUUGUCAUAAUUGACGGUGAUGGAAAUACCAAGUAUGCCGAUUACCAUAGUUUUAGAGUGGACGGGGAAGAUACUGAUUAUUCCUUGAGGCUAGGGAACUAUUCAGGGAAUGCAGGAGAUGCCCUGACCUCUAUGGGCGAAGCAGGAAUCCAUGACAACAUGAAGUUUUCUGCCCAAGAUCGGGAUAAUGACCGGAGGACCACUUCAAACUGUGCAUUAGACAAUGGUGGCGGCUGGUGGUUUGAUAACUGCUAUUCAGCUCAGCUAACCAAUGGCAACCAGAUUUACUGGGAAGGGCUGUGCACAGAGACUAGCAACUGCAAAUUAGCAUCCAUCAUGAUUAAACCAAAUGGGAAAAACUGCAACAUUCCUUCAAGAUAUUAAUGAAUUGUUGCUCCCUGCUUUAAAAGCUUCCUCUCACCUAAAUUCUGUUCUGAACACCAAUCACCAUAAUAUUGCUUGCAAAUCUCAAGGUUUGAAGCUAAAGUACCCAUUCUCACAGAAACUUCUCCUGAGCAAAUCCCAUUGAAAUGAAUACAUUUCACUGGCGGGGGGGGGGGGGGGUUGUCAAGAGAACUAAUCUGUUUUCAUUUUCCAAACAGUUUUGAACAAUUUAAAAAUAUUUUAACUUGCAUACCAAAGCUGUUGUGUAUUCCAGGGCUUUAUUCAAGAGAAGAGUCACCCUUUUUAAGAUGUGAAAAACCAGUGGUUUAUUUAAAACAGAACGCUAAUGCAAAAUUGAAAUGUUUUUGUCUCUGUGCUUGUAGUUUCCAAAAAUGAUUUACAAAUACCUGCAAUAAAAAAUUAAAAUAAA